AUGACAGCUUCUUCCUUGACAGCCGCAUGUUGUAUUAUUGGCGAUGAGAUCCUCAAUGGCAAGACGCAAGACACCAAUUCACGGUACCUUGCCAAGUUCCUCUUUCAAAUGGGCAUUGAGUUGAAGCGCAUUGAAGUAGUUGGGGAUGAUGCCGAAGCGAUUGAGAGCACGGUACGGAGACUAUCGAGUAUGCACGACUUUGUAUUUACGAGUGGUGGCAUAGGUGUGACCCAUGAUGAUAUCUCGUAUGGUGCGAUUGCUCAAGCCUAUCAAUUGGAGCUACGAUUGGAUCCUGAUACGCAUCAACGUGUACAAGCGAUGCUCGACAAGCGCAAUGUCAAGAAUCGACAAGGAUACGAACGACUAGCUACAUUCCCUUAUCCAGCACAACUCUUAAGGCCCAAGCAACAAUUCCUGAUCCCUAUCGUCAUUGUAAACAGCAACAUUUAUAUCCUUCCAGGCAUACCACGUCUAUUUGAAUUGCUAGUCGACUCACUUGAAGAUCAUUUGCAAAGGAUCAUCAAUCAGCAACAGCGAUCUGUUGGAGGAGGAUUUCAUCGGAUGGAGGUGGCUACCAAGGCAACCGAAGGAGCUAUUGCACAAACACUGGCAAGGAUUCAGGCACGAGUAACAAAAGAUGGGCUCAAGAUUGGAAGCUAUCCGGUAUGGGGUGAUCCCAAUGUCAAUGUGGUGGUCAGCGUUGUAGGCAAAGACGAAAAGGCGGUUCAAGGCAUUGCCAAAGAGAUUGCCAAGGAGAUUGAUGGAUGGGAACACCACGCAAUAGCACGACUUUAG